AUGACAAAACGACGACCGAGCAAUAAGAAGCCUACCGGAGUGAAUGCUUCUCUUGGUAGUAGUUUGGCAAAUGAGCGAAGGAAGGCGAGGAUCAGUCAUAUUGUGACAAAGUUUCACGACAACGAAUAUUCUGGCGUAUCUAACGCCAAAUCAGUUACUGAGGAAACUAGUUUAGAGGAAUUCUUGGCGAAAGUUGAACUAGCAACAACGGCUUUUACCGCGGAACGUGAAGAUGUGAAAAUUCUUAAGAAGGGUCCCUCAUUUGUUGCACCUACAAAGACUGAAAUCUCGGACAGUUUAGAACUGCAGCGGCUGUACGCUGAUCGUUUAAAAAUACCUAGAAGGCCACCACAUGGUUUGUGGCACUCCGCAGAAGAGUUAGUCGCACUUGAGAAGCAGAAUUUUUUGGACUGGAGGAAAUCGAUUGCUGAUUUGCAACAGGUUGACGGAGUUAUGUUGACUCCCUUCGAGCGUAACUUGGAGUUGUGGAGGCAGCUUUGGAGGGUUGUUGAACGUAGCGAUAUUGUUGUUCAGAUAGUAGAUGCACGUAAUCCUUUGCUGUUUCGGAAUUUUGAUCUAGAGUCGUAUGUAAAAGAAUGCGACCAUGCGAAGGAGAACCUAUUAAUAAUAAAUAAAGCGGACCUGUUGACCGAAGAACAGGUUCAGCUGUGGAGGGACUGGUUUUUGGAACAAAAAAUUGAUGCAGUUUUUUGGUCAGCUUUGGAGCCUGGAAAUCCCGAAUCAUUCGACUGUGACUUGGUUAAAUAUUUGAAAUCGCGACUGCUUAAUCGGUCAGAUUCCACUUUUUCUAAAUGCCCCAUUGUGGUUGGAAUGGUUGGAUACCCGAACGUUGGUAAAAGUUCUACGAUAAACCGAAUUAUCGGGAAGAAGAAGGUGGCAGUUUCAGCGACGCCGGGGAAGACUCGUUGUUUACAAACAUUAGUCGUUGAUGAUGAGCUGACGCUUUGUGAUUGCCCUGGAUUAGUAAUGCCAUCCUUUGUCUUUAACCGUGCUGAAAUGCUGCUUAACGGCAUUUUACCUGUUGAUCAGAUGCGCGAGUGUUUUAGCCCGGUCGCACUGAUCGCUACCCGUGUGCCACGUAUUUGUUUUGAAGCCAUGUAUUCGGUAAUGUUGCCAAAACCUGACCGCCCUCCUACUCCACAUGAAUUACUAACUGCUGUAGCUUUUAUGAAAGGUUUUAUGUCUUCUGCCGGGAUACCUGACUGCUCUAGGGCGGCACGAUUUAUAAUCAAAGACGUUAUUAACGGCAAACUGAAAUGGGUGGCUGCGCCUCCAGGAAUAUCUCAAGAUUUGUUCGAUAGAUAUACUUAUCGAGAAUUUCUAGAUUUAAAUAAAGAAGAGAUAAAAAAGAAAGGAGCUGUGUUGCUGCAGCAGCUUGAAAAGCGUCAUCUUUUGGAAGGUACUGCUGCUGUUGACAGAUUCGUUGAUGAGCGUUUUUUCUCACUUAAAGAAAGUGGUGUGCAUACAAAAUCGGCAGUACCGGAAUCACCUUUUAUCUAUAAUACUAAGUUAAAAAAUGGUCGAAUUUGCCUUAAGAAGGGAAAACGUGAGAAACUGAGGAGACUAUAUUCAUAUCUGGAUGCCUGA